AUGCUAGGGCUCGGUGAGCGGCUAAAGGAGGUUGCGGCCAAGGUGGAGGACAGGCUGCAGGAGAAGUCACGGAGCCUCCAAAGUCACCUGCAGGAGACGUUCGAGGUGGGGGGAGAGAAGACUGCGGUUCAGGUGGAGUUGGAGAAAUGGCAAAAGGAGGCGGAAGGGAUCCUCUUGGAGGAGGAGGAGAUCGGGACCCUGACCGAAGAGCACAUGCCGAUGGCCAAGACAACCCAGGGAGGAAAGAAGGAGGCGGGAAGCGUGUUGUGGGGGGGAGAAAGGACGAAGGAAAGUCCCUUCGAGAGGAGGAGAGACGAGGAGGAGGACGCACCCCCUCCUCCUGGGUCUUUCUCGCUCGAUGGAGACAUCGAGAAGGUGGCAUUGCGAGAGCUUUCGCAGGACCCUCUGUUCAUGGACGAGGGCGCGAUGGCCAUGGCGGCAGCGGCGCUCAAGGAUGUGGGCAGGAAGUCGGCAGGGCUGCACUCGGACGAGGAGGCGUCGAUCUAUGACAAAGUGAUCCACAUGCAGCGGAGGCAGUUGGAGGAGCUGCGGAGGGAGAAGAUGAGCUUUGAGAAGGAGAAGGCAAGCAUGCAGACGCAGCUGCGACACCUGCAGACCUCCAAGGAGCCCCAGCAGGCCCCGACGGCCUCCGCUGCUGCCCCGAGGACGGCGGAAGCCGGGGGAGGAGAGGACGAUGGGGAGGUGUUCCAUGUCCGGCUGAGGAAUCCGAGGAGAAUAGCAGCCGUUACGUUCAUCCUUGUCGCCUCCUUUGCUCUGUUUGUUCGUAUGCAGCGCAAGAUCGACCGAUCGGGCGCCAUGGACGAUGCGACUUGGACGAUGGAGGUGCAGCAUGCGGAGCGCAAAGAUGCAAAACUCGUGGGAGAUUUGAUGAGAGACAAAGCGCUGCUGGUUAAGGAGAAGCGAAAUGGCACAAGCACGACGUCGUCGAAGUCAAUGAAGCGGCAUCUCGCUACUGUCCAAAGGAUCCUCGAAGGCAUGCACAAGAGGCACGUCAACGCCAAGUACAGCGAGUCUUCGCUUGCAGCGAAACUUACCAAGGAGAAUGAUGCGCUAGCGAAGGAGUUGAAGAGCCUGAGGGAGCAGAUCAAGUCGCUUUCAGGGAAGAACUCGACCAAGACCAAGUCAAGGAGGUGA